GUCACUUGUCACUUGGGUUAUACGUACAGCAUCAAAUCCUGCACGGGUUACAGAGUCAUAAUGAAGUACCCUUCACUUCUCCUUGCCAUUGUGGCCCUGGCCUCUUCGGUCCGGGCACAGGAGGACCCGGGUCCUUCGCCAACCGCUUCAGUUGGCUGCGAACCUCACGGGGAUCACUGGCAUUGUGAUGGCCCUGCCACUCCAACAUCCGUCUCGUCCAUCAUCACACCCGCUGUACCUAGUCCAACGGAGUCUGUGGGCUGCGAGCCCCACGGGGAUCAUUGGCAUUGUGACGGUCCGGCAUCUACUUCCGUCGGCGAAAGCAUCACUGCAACUACUGUGGUGACUCCGACGGUGCCUAGUCCAGUCGAGUCAGUGGGCUGUGAGCCUCAUGGCGACCACUGGCACUGUGAUGGACCGGCCGAGACAACGACGACAGCGGCUGAGUUGAGUGGUUUUACGACUUUGACUAGUGCUACUGCUGCUGCCACAUCUACCCGGGCGGAUGAAGGAAAUGGUGCAAAGGUUAUGAGCGUUCAAGUUUCCCUCAUGGUUGGGUUGGCGGUUGUCAUUGCAGUGCUGAAUCUCUGAGGACAUGUACCAUUAGCAAGCAGUAUCUUAGGAACAUUUCACUUUCACGGAAACUCAUUAGAACAAGUGAUUUCUUCCCUCUGCGCGGAUGUUUCACUGGACUAGGGUUAACAUCGUAAACCCUACACAGACACCGUCCGGUUGAUAGCAGCUUCCACAUCUUUUAGUCCAUGGUCAAACAAUGUCAAUGCCAAAAUGCUUACUGUAAAAAGUCAACCAAGAUCUUGGAAUCGAGGAUCUUGGAAGCAUCGUCCAUCACAAACAUCUGAUAUAUUCCGCGCAGUCUUGGCCAGUGUUAGAGUUCUUUAGCUGUGGAAAUCUGAAAGGAAUACAGCACCCAAGACUUUCGGGAUUAGGGACCUUGAAGACAUUACUUAUUUCGACUAUCUUUGGCAUGUUCUGGGGUUCUUGGCUAAGGC